AUGUCGCUGUAUAAUUUCAAAAAAAUCGCGGUUGUUCCAACCGCAAAGGACUUCAUCGAUAUAAUUUUAUCGAAAACUCAAAGAAAAACGCCGACGGUCGUUCAUAAACAUUAUAAAAUCACGCGGAUACGCGCGUUUUAUAUGCGAAAAGUUAAAUUUUCCCAACAAAGUUUCCAUGAUCGUUUAACACAAAUAUUAACUGAGUUUCCCAAAUUGGAUGAUGUGCACCCUUUUUAUGCAGAUUUAAUGAAUGUUUUGUAUGAUAAGGAUCAUUAUAAAUUAGCUUUGGGGCAGAUUAAUACUGCAAGACAUUUAAUUGAUAAUGUUGCAAAAGAUUAUGUCCGACUUAUGAAGUAUGGGGACUCUUUAUAUCGAUGUAAACAACUAAAAAGGGCUGCUUUGGGAAGAAUGGCCACAAUAAUGAAAAGGCAAGGUGCAAAUUUAACUUAUUUGGAGCAAGUGAGGCAACAUUUGGCUCGUUUACCUUCAAUUGAUCCUUACACAAGAACUAUUUUAAUUUGCGGAUUCCCAAAUGUUGGUAAAUCAUCAUUCAUCAAUAAAAUAACUCGAGCUGAUGUAGAAGUUCAACCAUACGCUUUUACAACUAAAUCUUUAUAUGUUGGUCAUACUGAUUACAAAUAUUUACGUUGGCAAGUAAUUGAUACUCCAGGAAUUUUAGAUCAUUCCUUAGAAGAACGAAAUGUUAUUGAAAUGCAAGCUGUAACAGCUUUAGCUCAUCUUAGAGCUUGCGUUUUAUAUUUUAUGGAUUUAUCAGAGCAAUGUGGGCAUACUUUAGAUCAACAAAUUAGUCUCUAUCAAAGCAUAAAACCUUUAUUUUCAAACAAACCUUUAAUGAUUGUAUUAAAUAAAAAUGAUAUUGUAAAACUUGAUGAAUUAUCCCCUGAAAAACGAACGCUUUUAAAAGAAAUGGAAGAUGACGCGGAAGUUCCCAUCUUAGAAAUGUCCACAGUAACUGAUUUUGGUGUUAUGGAGGUGAAAUCGUUUGCUUGCGAAAAAUUAUUGAGUUUCCGCGUUAAUCAAAAAAUGAGAACCAAGAAGGUUGAUGGUGUUUUAAAUCGGCUUCAUGUAGCCAUGCCUAAACCAAGAGAUGAUAAAGUUCGCGCCCCUUGUAUCCCAGACGCCGUUUUACAAAAGAAAAUGCAAACUGGGGAAAAACGCAAAAGAAAAUUGGAGAGAGAUAUUGAAUUGGAAGAAGGAGAUGAUUACAUUUUGGACCUUAAGAAACAUUACACUGAGAUUCCAGAAGAGGAACGAUACGAUAUUAUCCCAGAAAUAUGGGAAGGACAUAACAUUGCUGAUUAUAUUGAUCCUGAAAUCUUUGAUAAAUUAGAAGAAUUAGAAAAAGAAGAGGACCUCAGAGAAGAAACAGGAAUGUAUGUAACUCCGAAAAUCGAACUUACUGAUACAAUGAAACAAAUUAAACAACUCGCCUUGCAAAUUCGUAAUAAAAAGGCGAUCCUGAAAGAUGAAAGUCGCAUUCUUAAACAAAGUAGGAAACCCGUUUUGCCACGCACAACGGCUCCGAAAGGUCGGGAUCGUUCCGUUUCGAAAUUGCGAUCGCAAAUGGAAGAUUUGGGGGUUGAUAUGUCCGGAAGUGAAAACGCGCAUUUCACGAAAACUAAGAAGAGGAGUCAUUCUGCUGGUCCGGCUGCUAAACGGAUGCGAUUGGAGGAGGAACCUGGAACUUCUAAUAAGAAUAGGAGUGUUUCGGUUGUACCAAGGAAUGAAUUGGGCGUUAAAGAUGUUUUGAUGAGGAAAAAAUUGGCUAAAAUCGCACAUAGAGCAAUUAGUAAGAAAGUUGGUAAAUAUGGUCUUAAAGGUGAAGCUGAUAGGUUUAUUGGUACGAAGAAACCUAAACAUUUAUUCGCUGGAAAACGUGGAGUUGGUAAAACAGACAGAAGAUAAAGAAAAUAAAAGAAUUGAAAUAAUAAGAAAAAUUGUUAAUUCUUUAU